GAUCAAGCGAGUGAAGUGUUUGGCUGGGCUGGGUGUUUUAUUAUUCUUGACUGUUGAGGUUAAAAGCGUAAACAGUGUUCUGAAAUUAACAUGACAGAUCUGCGCAGCACAGAGAACUUUUGGUCCGCUGCUGACGUCUGGAUCAAUAAACCACAGGUUAUAAACAAGAGGCUGUCUGGCGUAACAGAGACGAAGUACAGGGACGUAGACACUUCGGGGUUAAAUCAUGUAUUGUCUACUCUUCUGGGGAGCAGUUUUGAGAUCAGCCACAUUUUUCAGUUUCUUCGCGUCGAUAAUGCGAUUAAGGAGCUUGAUACUGCAGGACGUUGGUGUGUUGGAGUCAGAACCAUUAUUCCCAAAGUGACCAAAAUGGCAGAGUGUAACGUUAUGUUCAAAGAGGUUAUUAUUAAAGAUAUUGUUGGACAUGCCGUGACAUUUAUCCCAUUUGAAGAGAUUGCUGGACAUGUUACUCUCAAGAGCAGUAAUAUUUAUCAAAUCGACAUGAAGCCUGAUGAAGGGAUGUUUUUCCUUCAUGUUCUGAGACCCGAGCAGUGGUACAGUGAUGGAAUAGCUUACCCUAAACUGUCUUGGCUUCGUACUGAACUCCUACCUAAACUGUCACGGUGGUCUUUGGAGAGCAAAACCUGUUUGUUUAAGAGCACCCUGUCUCUCAUACCGGUGGAGAAAUACAGUAUGCUCUACCAGCAGCUGAAACAGAAAUAUAAAGAUUUAGUAAAGGUCUGGCCAGAAGUUACCGAUCCACAGAAGUUUGUGUUUGAAGAUGUUGCUAUUGCUACGUAUCUGUUGGUCUUGUGGACAGAAGAGCGUGCUGGAAAGGGAACAACUACCAAACAGUCAUUUGUGGAUCUUGGCUGUGGAAAUGGUCUCCUGGUUCACAUAUUAAACAAUGAAGGGCAUCCUGGAAAGGGCAUUGAUAUUCGCAAAAGGAAGAUCUGGGCUUUGUAUGGGCCUAGUACACAUCUAGAGGAAAAUGCCAUCACACCCAGCAAUGGCUUUCUUUUUCCCACCACAGACUGGCUGAUUGGAAAUCACUCAGAUGAGCUCACACCAUGGAUACCUGUUAUAGCAGCAAGGUCAUCUUACUCUUGCCGUUUCUUUGUGCUUCCUUGCUGCUUUUUUGACUUUUGUGGAAAGUACCAACGAAGACAGUGUACAAAGUCUCAGUAUAAGGAGUACAUUGACUUCAUAACUGAUGUGAGCACAGUGUGUGGUUUCCACGCAGAGGAGGACUGUCUGAGGAUACCGUCCACUAAACGGGUAUGCAUAAUAGGCAAAGUUAGGAGGUACAGACAGGCUGAAGAAGCUCUGGUAGAGGAGAGCCGAAGUAACUAUAUUAAGGAACGUGAAGCCAUGUCGAUGAGCUUAAGGGUCUCUUUGAAUCUCAAUCAGUGUGGCCAUGAUGAUCUUGAUCAUGAUGACACUGAACUGAAUAUUUCAGCUCCUGCCAAUGACUGGGUGAGUGGCUUCCAAUUGAGGGAAAAGACAGAGGCUGUUAAAAACUGUGCUGCCCUUCCGAGGAAUUUUGUGGAUGCCGUAGUUCUGAAGGUGGCAAAGGCAUUGCUGACUCUAACUGAGACUAGCAACUGUGGUGACACAUGGAACAAAGGAGGUAGUUUGUCUGUUAGUGAAGUAGUCGACCUCCUGGAUCAGUCUACUCUGCAAACCCUUAAGAAAGAAUGUGGUGGUCUCCAGACUCUACUAAAAAACAACCACCAGGUGUUUAGAGUUGAGGGUGGAAGAGUCUUUAUUCGGGACUGGAGGAUGCAUACACCAGCACAAAGCUCCAAAGUAACGCUAAAGCGCAAACCCGCUCCACCAGGUGCCCUAAAGACCAGACUCUGCUGGUUCUUCACCCACCAUCCCCACGGAUGCCCUUUACCCUGCGAGGACUGUGCUUUUGCUCAUGGAGAGACUGACUUGAAACCUUCCUUAAAACCCCCAAAAUAAUUAUUACCUGAACAGAUGUUAUUUUUAGCUUUUUAAUAGCUUUUAACUUGAAAUUUGGAAAUUUAGAAAAACAUUCUUUAAAAUAUUUUCCGAAAAAUGAUUUAAUCUAUGCAAUGAGCAGAUGUUUUUUUUUUUUUUUUUUUUUUUUUUUUGCAUAUGAUUUUUUUUUAUGGUUUGGUAACUGAAUUUAUUUCGGUUGUAUGUGAAACAUCAGUAUAUUGAAACAAAAAGAUCUAAAUUUGUUUUAAAACAAUGUUGAAAAAAUAAUUGGCAGGAAAUCCCCCCCCUGGAACAUUAAAAGGCUUGUGUUGAGAGAGGCCAGGUGUUGUGUAAAUGUUAGAAGCAUAAAUAAUUUGUAGGACCGUGUGGGGGGUUGGACCAUCUGUGGGUCAUUGCCGCUCUGCUCAAAUGUCAGUACAGGAUAUUCCUUUUAGAUAUGGGGGUCACUCAGGGGCAGAGUGUCUGAUUGAAAUAUGUAUCAUUGAACAAAUAUUAAAUGAAUUUCAAAAUUAAGGGAAAAAAAAUAGUCAAGAGUGAAACUGAUUGGUUGUUUUGUUAAAUUAUAAAAUAAGUGAAUGUCUGUUUAUUUAUUGUCAGUAGACUUGUGAAGGUUCAAGGUGACGUGCUUUAUCUAGAUUUCGAAGGGCUUACUACCUUUCAUGAUGAGCAAAUCAUCUUUGAGUGUGUGCCCACACACCCACAUGUUCUAUAACAUUAGCCCAAGUCAUUUUGUCAUUGUGAGAAAGUUUCCAUCUAAAAGAAAAAUGCUCUACAAUGUAAAUUCUCAAGCUUAACAUGCAACCCGAAUUUCAGUUGGGACAUUCUUAAAAUGCAAUCAAUCAGGAAUAUGUGAUUUGCUGAUUAUCUUUACAUUUUAUUUAUUUGAUUAAAGUACAACGAAAAACAUUUAGUGAGCAUUGAGGAAAUCCAGAGAAAUCUUAACCCGAAGAGCUGAAUUUGCUCCACCUUUGACCCACAGAGGUGAAAAACUUCAGAGAGACCAUCUAGAUUUGUAUGAAUGACCGUCGUAAAAGUAAACAUCUGUCAUGGUUUGGGGAACAGCAGAGUAAACAACAUGGUUAAAUACUGUAUUAAAAUGAAAGUUGAUGUGAAAUCAUGUUGAACAUGCCACUGUCCCAACCUUUUUGGUGUGUGUUGCAGGCAUCAAAAUCUAAAUUGCUUUAUAUUUCCAGAAUACAGUUCAUUUGCUCGCUAAAAACAUGGAAACUAUUUUUAAGUUAAAGAUGGUCAGCAAAUCUCAUAUGUUUUUUUUUUUUAUAUUGCAUUUAAACUUCUGAUAUUCCGAUUGUAAAUUUCUGUCUAGUACGUAAGGAAAUCCUUCUUUAUUAUUUUUUCUGGAUCAGGCAUAUCUCAUUGUGGUAAAGCCUAUAUAAGACUAGUCAAGAUAUAAGAGACAUCUUUUAAUCCCUCCUGGUGGAGUGUGUAAUGAUAAUUGAUUGGUCUUACAUGGAACUCCUAAACUGCAAUAAUUUUGGUAUUAAAUAUAUUGAUAUUUUGAUAUCCCUUAGCUUAAUGUAAGCAGGAGUGUCAGAUUAUUUUUUUGGUUCUUUUAAAAUGAGGCACCAACUAUGGAAUUUCACAACAGCAAAUAAUCAAAACUUGUUGAAGAAAUAAGGAUUAGACAGUUUUUUUUUUGUUGUUGUUAUCUGAAUAAUCUGAACAAUUCAUUAGAUAUAUUAUUAUCACAAAUGUAGCCCACUGGUCAUACAACACCCACUCACAACUGGGAUCUAACUAGUGAUUCUUUGCAUAGGAGUUGAUUGCUCUAACGAGGAGGCUAAAGCCCAAGGCUUCUAACGCCUCUCGCUAAAGAACCUUAUGAGGUCAGGGGAGUGAGGUUUGGAAACAAUGAGCAACUGUAGUGGAGUAGGUGCAGGUCAAGUAGGUCACCAGGUGAGUAUUCAAAGUAACCGGUGGGAUUGAUGAGGAGACUCAUCUGUCACUGGGGUGUUUGAAGACCUCGGGGGGAAAAGAGAAACACAGACUAUCAAGUGUU